UCAGUCUGCACAGUCACUGCAGCCUGGAUGUGGGCCGGCCUGCUGCUGAAGACUGUGGCCUCGCCGCCGCCCCCACGGAUAUCUCCCCCGUUCCCUGUCCUCGUUUCCCGCUGAGGACACAAGAGAACAACUCUGCGUCUCCUGUCAUCCACCACUGAGGAUCUGAGGACGUCAACUUUUCUUCUGCGGUUUGUUUCUGAAAUCUCGUCUCAAAGGGACAGGAUCUCGUCUUCGUCCUUUUUCUUGUCCGUCUUCGCCUCGGUUGCACCCGUCGGACCACACUCAUGGGGAACCACGGCUCGAACCUGGAAGACAUCCUGGCGGAGGACAUGCACCACUGGUACAACAAGUUCAUGAGAGAGUCUCCGUCAGGACUCAUCACGCUGUUCGAGCUGAAGGCCAUUCUGGACCUGAAGGGAAUGAACGAGAACGCCAGCAGCUACGUGGACCAGGUGUUCUUCACCUUCGACAUGGACGGGGACGGUUACAUCGACUUUGUUGAAUAUAUCGCGGCCGUCAGUCUGAUGCUGAAAGGAGAAAUCAACCAGAAACUGAAGUGGUACUUCAAACUGUUUGACCAGGACGGCAACGGGAAGAUCGACAAGGACGAACUGGAGACCAUCUUCUCGGCCAUCCAGGACAUCACACGGAACAGAGACAUCGGCCCAGAAGAGAUCGUCUCGAUCAUAUUUGAGAAGAUUGACGUGAACGGAGAAGGUGAGUUGACGCUUGAGGAGUUCAUCGAAGGAGCCAGAGACCACGAGGACAUAAUGGACAUGCUGAAGAACCUAAUGGACCUGACCCCAGUUUUACUCAUCAUCGUGGAGGGGCGGGCGGGUUGAGAGCGCAGGGCCGGAGCUGCAGAGGGACCACAAAGACUGAAGCAGAACCUUCUCCCAAAAGAAUCCAUGGACCCUCACCCCUUCGAGAAGAGAGAGACUUGCUCUACCCUUUCUGCUGUUUGCUGGUCUGGACGAGGCAGCAGGAAGCAACAGGUGCUGAAAACAUCAAACAUUUUUGACAGCCUAGAAUUGGUUGUCCAGACUCCGCACAUCCAACUGUCCCUCGUCCUCUUCGUCCUCAUCGUCCCCCGGUGUCAGGUUGGAAAGGGAACAACGAUUUCUAAAGACUCUGUGUCCAUCUGAACUGUCUGUCCUCUCAGGUCAGUUCCUUCAAAUCCAGUCAAACACAAAAGACUCGUUCUGAGACAGAAGUGGUCCAAAUGAGUAGGAGUUGAGAUCCGUUUCUCAGAUUGGAUUGUUAUUCUGUGGUCUCAUGACCCCAGACUUCAUUCAUAGAUAAUAACUCCUUUUCUAACAGCUGGAUUAUAGACUUUUGGAUUUGUAGAAAAACAUCGUAUUCAUCAAACUGACUCUGGUUCCAUCAUGGAGCAGUAGUAUCGAAACCUUCCUGUCCAGACCCGGCGAAAAAUCUUCAGCCUGGAUUUUAGUGAAACCUGUUUAAAAGGAGCCAUUUCUACGUUAGCAUUAUCGGUACGUAGCUAAUGUUAGCAUUAGCAUCACUCGACAUAUAAAUCUUUCAGCAGCAGACAAUAUUCCAAUUUCUGUCUCUGGAUAUAAAACCACAGCUUCAUCAGUUUGUUCUGUUUCUGUCACUUCGUUCCUCACACGGUGAUCGACUGGCGAUCAAGUGAUUUCAUAUCAAAACAAACUGAAUCAAUGUCCUUCCGGAUAUUACCCAUGAUCCUCUGCUUCCUGAACCUGCAGAGCUGCAGCUGUAUCACAUCCACCACCUCUGUUCAGAAGUCUUCAUGGUUUAAAGUUUCCUGCUGAAUCCUGGAGAUAAACUCUGGUUUUUAAUAACUUCUGAGUCUUUUUAACUGAUCUCAGUUCAGCUUCACUCUUCAGCUGCAGCUGGUGGGGACAGUUGGAGCUGUGACUCUCACAGAAACCAGAUCAGUUUCAGACAGAGUUUCUCACAGUGAAGAGCAGUGCAUGCUGGGAGUCGGCGUUGAUCCUCUUAAUGCUGUAAAAGGUUCAGCAGCCUGAGCCGUAAUGGAGCAGAUCUACAGACAGUUUCAGCCCCACACAGGUUUACAUCUCAAGAGCGAAGCAGCAGGAGGACGAGAACCUCCAAACACAAUCAAACUGGAGUUCUUGCAUUUUAUAAUUUACUCCAUUUUAAAUAUAUAAACAGAAAAUUCUCUUUCCUCUCUGGUUUCCACAGCAGUGAAGUCAAGGGCAGAAUAAUCCUCAACAACCUGCUCUGGAAUCAGGCCAAACCAGGCCAAACCAGGCCAAACCAGGCUAAACCAGGCCAAUCAAGGUCACCAGGGCCACCCAGGGGAGACGAGUUUAAAGAAGCAGCUGAAUUAUUAGGUGAAUGGUUUCAGGUCUGACAAUGAAAUAAACUCUGAAUCAACUCAGUUAGUUAAUAAAAUAAAAGUUCUUCAUUUAAAACCUAGCGUCGUCAAACUCAACCAAGAUUUUCAAGUUCAGAGGUGAAGUUAACACUUUGUGUCUGAAGGAAUUCCCCCAACCAGCAGCUCCAAAGAGCAGGAGACUCCGCUGGCUGCCUCCGGAGAAGAACCUUCAUCUGUCAUUUGAGUGUUACCUUCUUACUUUUAUCAGAUGACCAGGGGGACGGG